AUUAUCGAUUUCGUGAUUCCAACAAAGGACAGCACUCCCUUGGCUGCGUACAAGCAAUGGAGAGAAUGGGCUGAUCCUAAGGUGUGUUGCGAUUAUGGCUUAUCGAUGGCAAUUACCAGUUGGAAUAAAGAAAUUGAAAGGCAAAUGGAAGAAGUGGUGAAGCCAGAAUACGGGAUAAAUUCGUUCAAAUUCUUUCUGGCUUAUUCGGGCUUGUUUAUGGUACGCGAUGAAGAGUUCUUCCAAGGUAUGCUUGCCUGCUCCAGACUCGGGGCCCUAGCUCGUGUUCACGCUGAAAAUGGAUCGGUAAUUGAAGAGAAAUGUAAAAUGCUGCUCAGCCAAGGAGUCACUGGCCCAGAAGGUCACACACAGAGUCGGCCGGAAGAGGUCUGUGUUUUCAUGAACAUCAGGCAAUGGCUUACUCUUGAUCAUCAUACCCUCCAAGUUUGGCGUGGAUUAGAUUGGUCUCUGCCAAUCUAA